UAUUUGUCUCUUCACCUUUUCUCUUUUACAAGGCAAAGAAAGCCCAAUCCAACGAAAACAGAGUGUUUAGAAAAAGUAACUAACCAAACGGUCACUCUGAUAUGGCAAUGACAGAACAACAAGACGAACCAGAAGAAGAACAACAACAACGACCAUUGUUGCUGAAUACUACAAAAGUUGUUGAGUAUUUAGAGCCAUUCAUGUCAUUAGAGCUUCUCUGCAAAUUCCCAGACAACUCUGCUUAUGAUUUUGACUACUCUCAAAGCACAAUCUGGUCCCCUUUAGUUCCUCGACCCUACUGCCCCAUGGAUUUGGAUCUCAUCACUCCGAAGAAACUUUCCUAUGACUUUGGCUUAGGAGCUAGAUGCAGUGUCAACAAGGUUGGUUCUAAGGUUAGAAAGAAAUUCAGUUCUGGUUCCUUCAAUCUCAAAUUUGAUUUCGUUAAGAAAGUUACUAAGAACAAGAAGAUGGGUUCUGAUUUUUCACCAACACCUCCAAGGGUCAAAUGUGCAUGGAAUCCCAUCAUCAAUAAUAAGCAAUGGGGCCGGGCAUUGAAAGCUGCCUCAAAACAGUUCAAGAAAUGGAAGGCGAAGAGAGACUCCAUUGCACAUGUGAUGCUACAAAAGUCUUUCAAAGAUGGAGAUUUUUAAAUAGAGUUAUGUUUACAAUGUUAUUUUGAUUUUGUUGAUAUUGGUAUUGGUUCAAUAAGCAACGUGCUUUACUUUCAUGUUUA